AUGGAAAUAGCACUGGACAUUAUUUAAAAGGUUGUUGAGCAACAGACUCUCAGACACAAACAGAUCCUUCAUUCAUAGCUAGAGUCUAUAUAGGUUUAGUAGUACAGACUAUCCUACUGUAGCUAUAUAUACAACAUGCAUUGUUUAAACCGGGGGAGCUGCUACCUUGUGAACAGUCACAGCGAUGUAAGUGAAUCCAACGAAAGACAGAGGGAGUCUUAUGAAGCCUCCUGGCUGGACCUGGUGCUGGAAACUAGACCAUGGCAAGAGUCAACUGUGUCUGAGAAGGACACCUCACGCAGGGAGAGCUAUGAGCAGAAGCAGGUGGCCCACCUUCUGCUCCGCAGGAGCCCAGACCAGUCUCUCUGGCUUGGCAGACAGGGAGGAACCAUAACCAAACACCAGCUCCCCCACAGGAGCACCGUCCCUGACCCUCCCCUAACCCCCAGCCAGACGGCUCUUCCCAAGGCCUCUCGUCGGUCCCCCUCCCCCACAAAUCUCCGGCAGCAGCUAAAGUCCAUCAUGGACCUGGAGAGUAACGGAGUGUGUUUAGACAAGCAGGAGGUCUCCCUCAUUACCAAGGACCUGCCGAGGGUCAGCCCUCCCAUCCGUGUCAACUUCAGAGCCUCCUGCCUCAUCUCCCCACCGCGGGAGUCCUCCCUGUCCUUUCAGAGAUGAGAGGGAUGAUGGACUGUUUGACUUUGAUGCGUGGGCUACAGUAAAUCAGCAUAUCAAGCAUAUGAAAAUAAGGGGAGCAAAAAAACACUGAAAAACUUUGAAGUUCCCAUGUAAAGUCUUCUUUUGAUCUCCCCAUUAUGAAACAGUACCAUAGAUAUUUACCAUGUUUGCUCUGAUAACUUUUGUCAAAACUAUCAUUCUAAAUUGGACACAGAAAACAGAAUGAACACAAUAGGCCACUAUCAAAAAGUCUUUAGGGGGCUGUGCUUGUCUCGCCAUCUACUGGUGAAACACAGAAACUACUGCACUUCAGGUUUAUAAUGUCUGGGAUUGUACUGUAUAUACAACCCAUAGGCUAGUGUGAAAUGUUAACUGGUCAAGCUAAUCAGGAAGACAAAGGCUAAUAAACAGUAAAUCCACACAAAGGCUUUAUU